ACUCAAGCUGGCACCACCACUGUCUUCUUAAAACUCUUUGUUUCUUCUCCAUUUCUGUCUUGGUUAUUGAACGAUUCUUAAACCCUAACCAUAAUUUCACCUCACUGUAAAACAAAGGCGUCGUCAGAUCAUCGCCAGUCACCAUCACCACCACCACCAGAAACAAACACAGGGACAUGGAGUUGCACCAUUAAAUUCUCUCAUGCUGUAACCAACAGCCACAAAAAACACACGCAUCAAAACAGAAGGAAGAAAGAAAAGGCAAAAAAAUGGUUCCUUUCUUGCCUUUGUCUUCACUUAUUAUUCUCUCUCUUGGAUUCUCAAUUCUAGAUGUCAAUCCACGGAAGGAGGAUUCCUCGGUCUAUGAUGUUCUCAAGUCCCAUGGGCUUCCCAUGGGCUUGCUCCCCAAGGGCGUUAAGGAUUUCAGAAUCGAAGAUACGGGUCAUUUCGUGGUCCACUUGGAUGAGGCUUGCAACGCCAAGUUCGAGAACGAAUUGCAUUAUGAUAGGAAUGUUUCUGGGACUCUGAGCUAUGGGCAGAUCGGGGCUUUGUCGGGAAUUUCUGCUCAGGAGUUGUUUUUGUGGUUUCCAGUCAAGGGAAUUCGAGUCGAUGUACCCAGUUCGGGUCUUAUCUAUUUCGAUGUUGGUGUAGUGUCUAAGCAGUUCUCGCUUUCGUUAUUCGAGACGCCGAGGGAUUGUUUGGCGGUUCGAGAUGGGCAAACGGAGGCUAUUGAGAACGGAAGGCUUAUUGCUGAGGCUGUGUCCAAGAGCCAACUUGGGGAGUUGAGAUAUCAACUCGAUCAAGAGAAUUUUGCGAGGGGUGUUAUGUAAGGUGCAUUGAGAAGGUUACUUAAGACGGAUCAUAGCUCAAUCAACCCAUUGGUUCUCAUUUUCACCUUGUAAAUUUCAUCAGAGGUUCUGCUUUAGCAGUUCCAAUGCUUCCAAUCAGUGUGUUUGCUUGUGUUCUUUUUUCCCCAUAUAGUGCAGAAUAUGCAACUUGGAGAGCCGGCUCUUUUCUCUGCAUGGAUGCCAAUGAACGUCUUUUAGUGGGAAACUUAAUGAGCCAGCAGCAUGAUCAUCAAAGAUGACAAAGGAGCAUUUAGCUGAGGUGGUUCAGGUGAUAAAUCAGAGACAAGAUAUAUUCAUGUGUUAAAUUUGUUUUAUCAUGGUUAUAUAUAUGGUUGUGAAAUUGAUUCAGGUUUUGUAGUUCUUUCUUUUUAGAUUGAUGAGAAACAUGUACUUGCACAGUUCAAGAAUAAAUGGACUUCUUGCUUC